AUGUCCAUGUUUCCAGGAACAGUGGCCUUUGAUGAGUAUGGGCGUCCAUUUAUUAUCUUAAGGGACCAAGAAAACCAAAAACGGCUCACCGGUAUCGAUGCCUUAAAAUCUCACAUCCAAGCCGCGCGUCAGAUAGCAGGCAUCCUGCGCACGUCGCUCGGUCCUAGAGGCUUGGACAAGAUGAUGGUGUCUUCAGACGGAGAGGUGACUGUCACUAACGACGGAGCGACCAUCCUCAAGCUGAUGGACGUGGAGCACCAGAUAGGGAAACUGAUGGUGCAGCUGGCACAGAGUCAAGACGAUGAGAUUGGGGAUGGAACUACUGGGGUCGUGGUGUUGGCUGGUGCCUUGUUAGAGCAGGCCUCAAAUCUAUUAGACAAGGGCAUACAUCCCAUCAGAAUUGCCGAUGGGUUUGAAAUGGCUGCGGCAACCGCUGUAGCACACUUGGACAGUAUCAGCGAGCCAUUCCCCGUCAACAAAGACACAAGGGAGCACCUCAUCAAAGUAGCUAUGACUACGCUCGGCAGUAAAGUAGUGGUGAAGUGUCACCGGCUCAUGGCUGAGAUAGCCGUUGAUGCGAUCCUAUCUGUGGCUGAUUUGGAGAAGAGAGACGUGAACUUUGAGUUGAUUAAAGUGGAGGGUAAGGUUGGAGGUCGGAUGGAGGACUCUCAGUUAGUGAGGGGCGUCGUUAUAGACAAGACUAUGAGCCAUCCACAGAUGCCCAAGGAACUCAAGGAUGUCAAGCUAGCCAUCCUCACAUGUCCGUUCGAGCCCCCCAAGCCCAAGACCAAACACAAGCUGCAGGUUGGCUCGGCCGAGGAGUACAGAGACCUGAGGAAAUAUGAACACGACAAGUUCUUGGAGAUGGUGCGCAGAGUUAAGGAGGCGGGGGCUACUCUAGCCAUUUGUCAGUGGGGCUUCGACGACGAGGCCAAUCACCUGCUGUUGUCUGAGCAGCUGCCGGCCGUGCGCUGGGUCGGCGGGCCCGAGAUGGAGCUCAUAGCGAUCGCCACGGGAGGGAGGAUCGUGCCUCGCUUUGAGGAACUGUCGCCGGACAAGCUGGGGUACUGUGGACUGGUUAAGGAACUCACGUUCGGCACGACCAAGGACGAGAUGCUGGUGAUCACGGAGUGCCGCAACUCGCGCGCCGUCACGGUCAUGGUGCGCGGCGGCUCCAGGGUCAUCGUGGAGGAGGCCAAGCGGUCCGUGCACGACGCGCUCUGUAUAGUGAGGGCGCUGGUGCAGGACUCCCGCGUGGUGUACGGCGGCGGGUCGGCGGAGGUGUCCUGCUCGCUGGCCGUUGCUCGCGCGGCUGACAAGCUCUCCUCGCUGGAUCAGUACGCGUACAGAGCGUUCGCGGACGCGCUGGAGGCCGUGCCGCUAGCACUGGCUGAGAACAGUGGUCUGUCUCCGAUUGAUUCUCUGUCCGAGGUGAAGGCUCGUCAGGCCGCUGAAGGAAAGACAUAUCUUGGAAUAGACUGUAUGGGACAUGGUUCCAACGACAUGAAGGCCCUAUCAGUGAUUGAGUCUCUUCACUCCAAACGUCAACAAAUCUGCCUCGCCACCCAGCUGGUCAAGAUGAUACUGAAGAUAGACGACGUACGCUCACCAGCAGACCAGGAGUAG